AGGAAGAAUUUUUCAGGCAUCGGGAUAAAACGAUAGCGCGUUUCUCCGCAACAUCUCCUGCACAGUCCAAACGUCUGUUAGCACUGACCCGUCGAGAUGGCUGACAACAGAGAUAAAACUACCGAUCAAAUGAAGAUAUGGAAGGACAGCAGAGCCUCUCAGAGGCCAGACACGCUGACCACAGGGGCUGGCCAUCCUGUUGGAGACAAGCUGAACCUGCAGACUGCAGGACCCAGGGGUCCUCUGCUAGUCCAAGAUGUGGUCUUCACAGACGAGAUGGCCCACUUUGACAGGGAGCGAAUCCCAGAGAGAGUGGUGCAUGCCAAAGGUGCAGGGGCGUUUGGCUACUUUGAGGUGACGCAUGACAUCACCCGCUACAGCAAGGCCAAGGUGUUUGAGCAUGUCGGCAAGACUACACCUAUCGCUGUCCGCUUCUCCACUGUGGCGGGGGAGUCUGGAUCAGCAGACACAGUGCGAGACCCCCGGGGCUUUGCAGUCAAGUUUUACACUGAGGAGGGCAAUUGGGACCUGACAGGCAACAACACCCCCAUUUUCUUCAUCAAGGACGCCCUGCUGUUCCCGUCCUUCAUCCACUCCCAGAAGCGCAAUCCCCAAACCCACAUGAAAGACCCUGAUAUGGUGUGGGACUUCUGGAGCCUGAGGCCUGAGAGUCUGCAUCAGGUGUCUUUCCUCUUCAGCGAUCGCGGUUUGCCUGAUGGCCACCGUCACAUGAACGGCUACGGCUCUCACACCUUCAAACUGGUCAAUGCUGAUGGAGAGCGCGUCUACUGCAAGUUCCACUACAAGACUGAUCAAGGAAUAAAGAAUCUGUCAGUGGAGGAGGCCGACCGGCUGGCAGCCACCAACCCAGAUUAUGCAAUUGGAGAUCUAUUUAAUGCCAUCGCCAAUGGUAACUUCCCAUCCUGGACCUUUUACAUCCAGGUCAUGACCUUUGAGCAGGCCGAGAGGUUCCAGUUCAACCCCUUCGAUCUGACCAAGGUUUGGUCACAUAAAGAAUACCCGUUGAUCCCCGUGGGCAGAAUGGUUCUCAACAGGAACCCAGUCAACUACUUUGCAGAGGUGGAGCAGCUGGCCUUUGACCCCAGCAACAUGCCACCAGGCAUUGAGCCGAGCCCCGACAAGAUGCUGCAGGGUCGUCUCUUCUCCUACCCAGACACACAUCGACACCGGCUGGGAGCCAACUACCUGCAGAUCCCCGUCAACUGCCCCUUCAGGGCCCGUGUGGCCAACUACCAGCGUGAUGGUCCGAUGUGUAUGUUUGACAACCAAGGUGGAGCUCCAAACUAUUAUCCCAACAGCUUCAGUGCCCCAGAGACCCAGCCUCAGUUUGUGGAGUCCAAGUUCAAGGUGUCUCCAGAUGUGGGCCGUUACAACAGUGCAGAUGAAGAUAAUACCACACAGGUGUGUACCUUCUACACCCAAGUGCUGAACGAAGAGGAGCGCCAGAGACUUUGCCAGAACAUGGCAGGGGCCCUGAAGGGAGCCCAACUCUUCAUCCAGAAGCGCAUGGUGGAGAACUUGAAGGCUAUCCAUCCAGACUAUGGAAACAGGGUUCAGACACUUCUGAACAAGUACAAUGCAGAGGCCCAGAAGAGCUCAACAGUGCGUGUUUACAGCCGUCCAGGAGCCUCGGCCAUUGCUGCGUCCUCCAAGAUGUGAUGCCUUAAAUGUCUGUCAGGGGCAGCCCUCCUCAUUUCUCUGACAAAAAAUGCACUUAUAUGAUAACAACUGCUACUACCAGUAACAAGAAUAGACAUUACUCGAUAAGACUGAAAUACUAACCUUGUAUUGUCAGGGUUAGUUCAUUUUUUAAUUCAAUCCAAAUAAUAGAUUUUCUUCAAAAUGUGUGUUAAAAACCAGAUGAGGUAAAUUUAUCUUGAUUGAACAACCAUUUAAAAAAAAAAAAAGCCAUUU